AUGCAACAAAAAUAUCUGGGCAGAGAUGAGGUAGGUGGAGUCGAAGUGAUUAUGAGACAAAUGCUGGCCACAAUUCUCCCAUAUGGCAUUGUGUUUGGAUCUGUCCUACUGAAGCUACCGCAGAUAGUAAAGAUAUUGCGGAAUCACAGCGCUGACGGUAUAUCAAUUAUAUCACUUGUUGUCGAACUGAUGUCUUGUGUUAUAUCGAGUAGCUGGGGUAUUGCACGGUCGUUAAUGUUUAAAGACUACGGCGAAAGUACCCUCAUAAUGAUCGAGAUGUUUUUGCUCCUACUUAUCGUUGGGUGUAUGCAGAGAAAACUACUCAUUACUGUGCUAGUAUUUAUUGUUGCUGUUUUCCUGCUAGUUUUUAUGUCGGCUGGGUAUGCUCCUCGAAAUAUCCAUGAAGGGAUGUUGCGUCUACAAAUUUUUUUCGCGCUCGGUAGUCGCAUACCUCAGAUAGUGAUAAAUUAUCAGAACAAAUCAACAGGUCAAUUGUCUGCUUUGACUUUUUUCCUGGCUAUGUCUGGGGGUAUCUCGCGUCUGUUAACAACAUUUCACAACAUUCCUUCCGACAAGGGCAGGGACAUCAUGCUAACACAGUUUGGCGUUGUCGUUUUCCUUAAUUUUGUCAUCGUAAUGCAGUGUAUUUUGUACAAAGCUGCGGAUCGGAGGCAAGUUGGUACUACCGAGGCCAAGGCUGUCGUUAAAAAGAACAACUAA